GCAGAAGUGCCCCUUCUCCAGGACGGAAGAGCUGGGUGGGGAUAGGAGGAAAGCUAUUUCCUGAAUCCCUGUCGGCAGACUCAGCACCUAGACCAGAACCAGGAAGGAUUCUGGGGGCCAGAGAGCACAGGCUGACGGACAGACGAACCAGCUCCUCUCUCCUCCCUUCUGUUCACUCAGUUUGAGAGGGUGGAGACAAGACGAGAGAACCACGGGGGACCGGGCCGGGCCAGCGCAAUGGAGACUCUCUCAAGCCAGGAGUUCCCCGGCGCAGGGAGACCCCCGGAAGAGGGGCAGCCCGCCGCGGGGAGCAGGUGCUGGGCGGUGGCCCAGCAGCUGCUGGCGGCCGUGCUGCUUCUGGGCCUGCUCCUUGGUUCCCCCGUGCUUCUGGUCUACCUCCUCCGGAGCUGUGGGCCUGGCCUCUGCGACUCGCCCGUGUGCAGGAGCCUCCUGGCCCACUCCCUGGCGUCCAGGAACGCCAGCGCGGCCCCCUGCGCCGACUUCUUCAGCUUUGCCUGUGGAAAGGCCGGAGGGACCAGGAACCCUUUCCAGGCUCUCGCCGAGGAGAACAAGCGCCGACUGCGGGGCGUCCUGGAGGCCCUAGGGUCCCAGCACCCUGGCUCUGGGGAGGAGAAAGCCUUCCGAUUCUAUAGCUCCUGCAUGGACACGGACGCCAUCGAGGCUGCAGGGGCGGGUCCCCUCAGACAAGUCAUCGAGGAGCUUGGAGGCUGGCGAAUCUCUGGUAAUUGGACUUCCUUAGACUUUAACCGAACGCUGAGACUUCUGAUGAGUCAAUACGAUCACUUCCCAUUCUUCAAAGCUUACCUGGGACCUCAUCCCACCCCUCCACACGAGCCAGUCAUCCAGAUAGACCAGCCAGAGUUUGACGUUCCCUUCAAUCAAGAGCAGGAACAGAAGAUCUACGCCCAGAUCAUGCGGGAGUACCUGGCUUACCUGAAUCGCCUGGGAACCUUGCUGGGAGGAGAUCCAGUCACGGUGCAACCAUACGCCUCCUGGUCCAUCUCCUUUACCUCGCAACUGGUCCAGUUUCUGAGGCCCCCGGCGCAGCGGCGGGCCCAGGGGAAGCCCUUCCAGGUGGUCACUAUCUACCAGCUGCAGGAGCUGGCCCCUGCCAUCGACUGGUUAUCCUGUCUGCAAGCGACAUUCACUCCGAUGUCCCUGAGCUCCUCCCAGCUAGUCGUGGUCCAUGACCUGGAUUAUUUGAAAAACAUGUCGCGCCUGGUGGAGGAACAGCUGCUGACGCACAGGGACUUUCUGCAGAGUCACAUGAUCUUCAGCCUGGUGGGGACCCUUUCUCCAGCCCUGGACAGUCAGUUCCAGAAGGCACGCAGGUCGCUGAGUGAGAAGCUGCGGGAGCUGACAGAACAGCCCCCCAUGCCUGCCCACCAGCAGUGGUUAAAGUGCGUGGAGGAGACCGGAACCUUCUUCGAGCCGACCCUGGAGCCCUUGUUCGUUCGUGAGGUCUUCAGCCCGGGCACCCGGAGUGCUGCCAUGGAGUUGUUCACCGCUAUCAAAGAUGCCCUCAUCGCUCGCCUCAGAAGGCUUCCCUGGAUGGAUGAGGAGACCCGGAAACAGGCCCAGGACAGGGUCACCCAACUGCAGGUGAAGAUGGGGCCCCCAGAACAGGCCCCGGAGCCAGCGCUGGUCAGACAGGAACACGACGAUAUACACCUCGGGCCCAGCUUCCUGCAGUCCUUCCUGAGCGGCGUCCGCUCCCGGCGAGCUAGGAUCGUCUGCAGCUUCUUGCGGCCUUUCCCUCCACACAGGUGGCAGGUGUCCCCGUGGGGGCUCAGCGCUUACUAUUCCAUAUCUGACCACGUCCUGGUCUUCCCAGCCGGCCUCCUGCAACCCCCUUUCUUCCACCCUGGCUACCCCAGAGAUGAUGCUUAA